AUGACGGUUCGAACACUUCUGUUGAUGGGGCUGAUGUGCACUGCAGCCAUUGCCUCAUCCAAAUCGUUAGUCGCCGUCCGUGAGAUUGACUGUUCUCCGUCAUCGUCAACGGGCCUCAAGGCAGAGUGCUGGGCCCAGCUCAACGUGUCGAGCUACAUCACAAACUGGCUGGCAGAGAACGGCACUAGAGCCGACUGCGACAACCUGGGAUUCGCGCAGUGUUUCCUCGCGUUCAACGGCUAUGGCGGUCGAACCUGCGACACUUUCAGCCGAGACACAUGUGAAGGAUUCGAGACGAUGGGCUCCGAGGCCACGUACUCCUCGCCACAGCAGUUCUACACGCUCUGGAACAUCUACGCCAUCUACCAGUUCUUCAACCAGUAUUCCGAGGCCCUCUGGAACGGACACUCGCUCGCUUCGGACACUAUAGACGACAUCGUCGCGACCGUCUCCCCAUCAACCGACCCGCAGGUUCCCAGCACUCUUUUGUGGACAUCCAUCUCCGGUGGCUUCUGGCUUGCUGCAGCGGCUGGUGUCAACCCCGUUCUGGGUCUCAUUGCCACCGGAAUGGCUGUCACCACGGGAAUGAGCUCUUUCUUCAUGCCCCAGAAAGCUGGCUCGUCCAACGCCCGCUUCGUCACCCUGGGCCAGGUCGGCAGCAACCUCGCCCAGCUCGUGAUCGAGUACCAGGACAGCCUUCAGGACUCCUUGAAGGAGCUCCAAAGAAACAGCACUCUUUUCAUAGCCGCGGCCGAGCCCGGUGGUUUCAGCCAACGUGCCGUGACUAGCCUCAACUUUGAAGCCACGACGCUGUACCACGACCUGCAGCUGUACAUCCUCUCGUUGGCGCUCAAGGCGAACGGCAUCGUCUCCGCGCGCUCAACGGGGGUGAACGCACUGGACUACGCCCCCAAGACCAAUGGCGCCAUCUCCUGCCCCGGACUCGGCCCUGCCGGCAACUGCUACCAAUUCUGGGUUGACCCAGACACGGGCAACUCGUACGCGCUACACAACCCCAAGGAGUACAAGAACACCUACGUCGACGUCCUGAACAAGAUCCACGACAAGGGCUGGGCAAACCUGAGCGAGAUCUUCAAGGUGGAGGACUGCACCGGCAAGGAUCCCAGCUUCGACGGGAAGACCAGGGUGACGUGUCUUGCCUCGCACGGUUACUGCGAGUACAACUAUGCGGACCAGGACACGGUCACCAAGUCGAGGACGGCCAACAAGCAGUUCACCAACUGCGAUAACGAUAAGGCAUGGGGGACUCUUUGCGACUGGAUGAACGGUGGUCUUGUUCUACCAGAGUCUUAUCUGGGGCCGCUCCUGACUCUAGGAGAGUUGGCAUGGUGCAGGGAGCAUUAG